CUCUUUGGUGAAACGAACACAAAACAAAAAUGGCGCUUCCGACAUUACAACCGUACUGGUUGAAAAACUACAAAAACAGAAACGAAGGGCUUAUGGUUCGUAGAACACAAUAUGAAGCGGAAAGAAGGGAAGCGUGGGACAAGAACGCAAGAUAUUUUGAUAGAUCUAAUGUGGAAACUACGAAGCAAAGGGUUUGGGGAUCAAGGGAGUCAUACCAAGAGAGUAUGCAAGCUCUGGAUGGUUUGUUCAAGGAAGACAUGAAGCAUGAGAAGCAAAAGAGAUUAGAAGAUAGGAAAAAGAGACUUUCUGAAAUGUUGCUCAAGGAAACCAAGAAAUUUGAGGAAGAGCUUAAAGCAAAAAGGCUUGGUGGAGCUGGUAGACUCCUACAAAUGAAAGAGAGAGCUGAUGAGCUUAAAGCUGACAAAGAGACCAGAAGGAAGGAGAUUGCCGAACAAAAAAUGUAUGAACAUUGGAAACAAAAUGCUCCAGAACUUAGAGAGAUAGAAGCAGACCAGCUGAGGGAACAUGUAGUGAACAGCUGGGCUGAUCAGGUUUCUGACAGAGAAGAGAACCUGAAAUCAGCACGACAAGAAGACAGAAGAUUGGAUGCUGCCAUGGAAAGAGAAAGACUGCAGGCACUUGAAAAAGAAAAAGCUAAAGAAGAAGCAAAGAAGAGGGAGCAAGAAAACCUUGCUGAGGAUCUGAAACAACAAAUGGAAGAACUGAAAAUGAGAGAAGAAGAGGCUCUUAUGUUGAAACAAGAACAAGAAGAUUUGCUUAAAGAACAAAGGAAGCUUGAACAAGCAGGGGAGGACCGAAGACUGCUAGAUGAAGCGAGGAGAAAACGGGAAUUUGGGCGUGUCUUGAUCCGUCAACACAAGGCUCAGAUGAAAAGAAAGAGUAAAGAGAUACAAGAGGCAUUGGAACUUGAUUUGAAGAUUUUAGAAGCAUUGGCUAAGAAGAAAGAUGAAGAUAAAAUACUUGAGACUUCAAGAAGAGAGAAAGCACGAGCUGAUGCAGAGUACAUGAGACAGGUGGUCGCUCAACAGCUUAAGUUAGAACAACAAAGGGAAGCAGAGUUGGACAUGCUUUACAGAGAUGAAGCAGCUCGAAUGUGGACGAAGAGAGAAGCAGAAUGGGAACGAGAAAGAUUGGCGAGAGAAAGGCUCAUGGCUGAAGUGCUGGAUGUUCGCAAGAAGCAGCUGGAUGAUAAAAUGGAGGAAAAUAAACGCCGACAACAAGAAUCAAUCGAGAGUCGAGAGGAACUACUCAGAGAACUAGAGGAAGUUCAGCGGAUGACGGCAAGAGAGAAAGUGGAGGAGGAGAGGCAACGGAGAGAAAGAGAAGAAGAGAUUCAAGCACAGAUAACUUCACGGAGAGAAAAGGCAAACGAAAUGCGGCAAAUUGAGAGAGAAGAGCUAGAACGGGAGAGGCGAGAGAAAGAAGCGUAUAAUCAAAUGCUAAGACACGAAGCAGAUCACAUGAGAGCAAGAGGAGCACAUGCGAGGUUUGUUCCGAGGAGGAGGACAGCCUUUGAAUAGAAUUAUUUUCAAUGGAUUAAGCGGUAGAGAAUUUUUAACUUCAUCUUACUAGGGUGACUAUGUAAUGGCUACACGAACUCCAGGGAAACAACAGGCGGACAAACAGUGAUGCCUUGUCACGCAACCGUUUUGCUCAUCACGCAAUCCACCGUGACGCAGUCGUCAAGCAAAUAACGAGUGCAAAGCAAGAUGUGCGAGGAUUAUUAAUUGGAAAGGAACUUUUAAACUGAAACGCAUUUUGUACGGUUCUCACUAGAGUUAUCCAAUAUUUCUCAAGAAGGGAUUAAUUUAUAAAUUAAGCAGGACUCUAAACAAGACUGUAAAUUUGCAUCGGACUCGCUAAAACUAUGCGAGUUUUCGUGGAUUUAGUUAUUAUGUUUAAGUGUAAAUAUUCAAUAAAUAAUUGAAAGUGAC